CUCCCUGGUGGGACCAUGCCCGUGCAGGGGCCCCAGAGGAGGCUGCUAGGUGACCCCAACUCCACCUCCCCUGCCACCCCCCACCUCGGGCUGCCUGCCAACCAGACUGGGCCUCAGUGUCUGGAGGCUUCUGUCCCCGAUGGGCUUUUCCUCAGCCUGGGGCUGGUGAGCCUGGUGGAGAAUGUGCUGGUGGUGGCCGUCAUUGCCAAGAACUGCAACCUGCACUCACCCAUGUACUACUUCAUCGGCUGCCUGGCUGUGUCUGACCUGCUGGUGAGUGGGAGCCACGUACUGGAGGCUGCUGUCAUGCUGCUGCUGGAGGCGGGCGCUCUGGCCACCAGGGCCGCCGUGGUGCAGCAGCUGGAGGACAUAAUCGAUGGGCUCAUCUGUGGCUCCAUGGUGUCCAGCCUGUGCUUCCUGGGUGUCAUCGCCGUGGACCGCUAUCUCUCCAUCUUCUAUGCACUGCGAUACCACAGCAUUGUGACUCUGCCCCGGGCGUGGCGAGCCAUCUUGGCCAUCUGGGUGGCCAGUGCCGUCUCCAGCAUGCUUUUUACUGCCUAUGGCCGCCACAAGGCCACCCUGCUUUGUCUGGUCAGCUUCUUUGUGGCCAUGCUGGUGCUCCUGGUCAUGCUCUAUGCCCACAUGCUCACCCGUGCGUGCCAGCAUGCCCGGGGCAAUGCCCAGCUCCACAAGAGGCAGCGUCCCAUUAACCAGGGCUUUAGCCUCAAGGGGGCCGCCACCCUCACCAUCCUGCUGGGCAUUUUCUUCCUCUGCUGGGGCCCCUUCUUCCUGUACCUCCUGCUCAUCGUCCUGUGCCCUCAGCACCCCACUUGCAGCUGCAUCUUCAAGAACUUCAAUCUCUUCCUCACCCUCAUCAUAUGCAACUCCAUCGUCAACCCCCUCAUCUAUGCUUUCUGCAGCCAAGAGCUGCGAAAGACACUCCAAGAUGUGCUGCUGUGCUCUUGGGCCGACUCUCCGCAGCCAGCCCGCCGUCCGCGCGCGUCCCGCAGCCGCCGCCCACGCCCGAGCAUGAGGGAGAUCGUGCACAUCCAGGCCGGCCAGUGCGGCAACCAGAUCGGGGCCAAGUUCUGGGAGGUUAUCAGCGAUGAGCACGGUAUAGACCCCAGUGGCAACUAUGUGGGAGACUCAGACCUGCAGUUGGAGCGUAUCAGUGUCUACUACAACGAGGCAUCUUCUCACAAGUAUGUACCUCGGGCCAUCCUGGUGGACCUGGAGCCUGGAACCAUGGACAGCGUCCGGUCAGGGGCCUUUGGGCACCUCUUCAGGCCCGACAACUUCAUCUUCGGUCAGAGUGGGGCUGGCAACAACUGGGCCAAGGGCCACUAUACGGAGGGCGCCGAGCUGGUGGACUCGGUCCUGGACGUGGUGCGCAAGGAGUGUGAGAAUUGCGACUGCCUGCAGGGCUUCCAGCUGACCCACUCGCUGGGUGGGGGCACCGGGUCAGGGAUGGGCACGCUGCUCAUCAGCAAGGUGCGCGAGGAGUACCCCGACCGCAUCAUGAACACCUUCAGCGUGGUGCCCUCGCCCAAGGUGUCCGACACGGUAGUGGAGCCCUACAACGCCACCCUGUCCAUCCACCAGCUGGUGGAGAACACCGAUGAGACCUACUGCAUUGACAACGAGGCGCUCUACGACAUCUGCUUCCGCACCCUCAAGCUGGCCACGCCCACCUAUGGGGACCUCAACCACCUGGUGUCGGCCACCAUGAGCGGCGUCACCACUUCCCUCCGCUUCCCCGGCCAGCUCAACGCCGACCUGCGCAAGCUGGCCGUGAACAUGGUGCCCUUCCCCCGCCUGCACUUCUUCAUGCCUGGCUUUGCCCCACUCACCGCCCGGGGCAGCCAGCAGUACCGCGCCCUGACGGUGCCCGAGCUCACUCAGCAGAUGUUCGAUGCCAAGAACAUGAUGGCCGCCUGCGACCCCCGCCAUGGCCGCUACCUGACUGUGGCCACCGUCUUCCGUGGGCGCAUGUCCAUGAAGGAGGUGGACGAGCAGAUGCUGGCCAUCCAGAGCAAGAACAGCAGCUACUUCGUGGAGUGGAUCCCCAACAACGUGAAGGUGGCUGUGUGCGACAUCCCGCCCCGUGGGCUCAAGAUGUCCUCCACCUUCAUCGGCAACAGCACGGCCAUCCAGGAGCUGUUCAAGCGCAUCUCGGAGCAGUUCACGGCCAUGUUCCGGCGCAAGGCCUUCCUGCACUGGUACACGGGCGAGGGCAUGGACGAGAUGGAGUUCACCGAGGCCGAGAGCAACAUGAACGACCUGGUGUCCGAGUACCAGCAGUACCAGGACGCCACGGCUGAGGAGGAGGGCGAGAUGUAUGAAGACGACGAGGAGGAGUCCGAGGCCCAGGGCCCCAAGUGAGGCAGGUGGAGGGGUGGGGCCGGCUCACAGCCCAGCCGCGUAGCCACCGGCACCGCCCCCAGCCGCACCGCCCAGAGCCCCCAGUCUGUCCCUCGGCAUCCCCGCCCCGCUCUGUCUUCCUGCGAUAGUCUUUGCCUUCCUCGUGUUACUCGUUUGUCUCUAUUGAUAGCUCCAGGCCUGAUGUCUUAGGUUUGUUUUGUUUUUUUACUGGUUUGUGUUUAUAUUUUGAGGGGAAUACUUAAUAAAUUUAUUGCUGUCAGAUA